AUGAGCAGCAUGUUUAGAAACUUGAAGGAGAGAUUCCGUAGUAAUGGCAACGGCAGCGGGAACAAGCAGCAAUUGAGAAGCAGCAGCAGUGUGAUGCAGGGACUGGAGAAGAUGAGAAGGGGUGAAAGGAAACAGAAGGAAAAGCCGCAGGUUAGGUCGUUUUCCGCGCCGAUCGAGGUGCCGAAACCGGUGUUCUCGCCAUUGGGGAGCCCCAGGACAGUUUCUUCCGAGGUUAUGUCGAGUGUAAGCGGGGGUCAAGGCAACAGGUACUACAUCUACGAUUCGAAGGCGUAUCUAAACGCAGAUAAGAGCGAGAGGUUUGAUAUUUUCGAGAAACCGGGCGCAAUAAAUCCAACGUCCACCAGAUACGUGAUACAGUACUUGAUAAAUCGCACCAGGGAGCUGAUUUUGCAGAACGAAGACAGCAAGGUGCUCCUGCAGGUUUUCAAGCCGAACCUGCACCAUUUCUCGCAGAAGGAAGUGGUCGAGGUGACCAGUGUGCUGAAAAACUUGUUCCCACAUGAUGGUUGCAGCUUGAAAGGUGACGAUUUGGCGACUGCGAUAAAGGCUAAUUUCAAGGAAAGAAUAAACACUUUGUCACUGGCGUUGAGAAUUCUCUGGAAUCAGUUCCCGCUCGGCAUAAUGCCCUGGGACUCGUACCACAGAUUUGUGAAAUGGGAGAGGGAAAAUGGAUACCCGCUGGAAUCGUUCCACUUCAGACUGUCGAAGUUUCUUCCCAACAAGGACUACACUUUCUGCGUGUUUGCAUUUUUAGAGUUCAUCUUGUGCAUUUUGCUGCAGAAUAACAAGCAGCUCAUCCACAAGAGCGGGCAGAUGGACCUUAUAUUCACCGCUGGGCCCACCUGUUUCACGCGGGAAAGGACCGAGGACCCAGAUGAUGAUCUACCGCCCGUGAUCCGGUCGUACCACAACCGGGGCAGCGCUCUACACAGGCUGUUUGUCGGAUACCUGCGGUCGCUGAACCACGAGGGGAAAGUGAAUGAUUUUUACCUGUCAGAUAUCUUCCAUAUCGACCAAUACCCACCAGCCGCAUAUACGGCCAGGUCGUCAAAAGCUUUGACGUUGACGAUUCCCUUUGAAAGCUCGAAGGGCAACGACUUCACCACGCUGAUAUACCAGGCAGCAACCGCCAAACAGCGCUUCUACUCGUCCAAGACGUCUUUUUCCAAGGUGGAAAACAAUUUUCUCGACCAAUUCGAGGACCAGACCUUGAGGGUGAUAACGACUUUCUUUUCAGAGUCGUCAAACAGAUACAUCACAACGUUUGACAACGGAUUCAACACAGAGGUGCUUGACAAUUCAGAGAACGGCAAACAGGGUCCCAAAGUUGGCGACGACCAGUAUGCUGUAGCGACGUGGCUGCAGUUCGCCAAGGAGCAAAAUUCGUUCGACGAGCUGCUGGGCAUGCUAGAGGGCGGAAAUUGUGCAGAAGGCGGAACGCUAGCGCUCGGAGCAGGUGGGAUGACCCUACAGCAACCCAUGAAGCUCCAGAGAGAAAGAGCUGACGACUCCAAAGUACGAGUCGGGAAGAUGGACGUCACGGAGUGGAUCAUUUCGGCCUGGAAGAACGACAUGUUCAUGGGUAAAGUGCAAAACACAUUGCUGAUCAAGCUCACCAAAAAGAUCGGCGAGUGCAACUGGUUAGUGAUAACAUGCGAGAGACAACAGCGACAGCGCCGGGGAGACGCUCCAACUCAAAGCAUCUCAGGCACAGGCAAUGCGAACGCGCUUAACGACUUGUUAGACAGCUGUUACACAGAAAGUGUUAUCAUGACUUAA